AUGGACGAAAAAGAUACAAACCCUUCCAACAGUCCAAACCGUCAAAGUACCGAUGCAGUCAAUAAUCCCUCAGACACAACAGAAAAUGUCAAGACAUACCCACCAAAAAAGGUUGUCCUUCCAACCAUGGUCGCCCUCUUUCUUGUCUUCUUCCUAAUUGCACUGGAUCGAACUAUCAUCGGUACAGCUAUUCCAACCAUAUCUGCCGAGUUCAACAGCUUUGGAGACAUCGCUUGGUAUGAGUCAGCCUUCCUCCUGCCUCUCUGUGUCUUCCAACUCUCCUUCGGCCUUGUCUUUAAAUACUACUCCACCAAAUGGGUUCUCUUUAUCCUCACUGCUAUUUUUGAGAUUGGAUCAAUUGUUUGUGCGGCAGCGCCUAAUUCGAACGCUUUGAUCAUUGGACGGGCCAUCACAGGCAUCGGCGGUGCUGGUAUCGGCUCUGGUGUUUUCAUCUAUAUCACACUCUUGUUUCCCCUUGAAGAACGACCCAAGUACCUGGGAUCAUUGGGUUCCGCUUUUGGAAUAUCUUCCAUCUUGGGUCCGAUCCUUGGAGGCUACCUCACAUCUGUCAGCUGGCGUUGGUGCUUCUGGAUCAAUGUCCCCAUUGGCGGUCUUUCCCUCUUCCUUCUUUUUAUUCUCGCUCCCGACAGACCAUCACCUGUCAAGCCAGCAGCGACAUGGCGUCAGAAAUUUCUCGAUCUAGAUCCUCUUGGUUUCUUGCUGGUCGCAGGCUCAAUUGUAAGUCUCCUGUUCGCUCUCGAAUUCGGCAAGGAGGAUAAAGCAUGGUCAACAGAACGCGUCGUUGCUCUCUUCGUCGUCUUUGCAGUUCUUCUUGUCGCAUUCGCUGGAUACCAAGUCUGGAGAGGUGAAAAGGCUACAAUUCCUCCGAGAAUCCUGCGUCAGCGAACGGUACUGGCUGCGUGUCUUUUCAACUUCUUUAUGGGUACUGUGCUGGUUAUUUAUGCCUUUUACAUCCCUGUUUGGUUCCAGGUUGUCAAAGGCAAGUCACCCCAGGACUCUGGUAUCGCUUUGUUACCCUUGCUGCUGAGCAAUGUGGUGUUUGUUAUUGUUGGUGGUAUUUUGGUUAGUACCAUUGGAUAUUGCAACCCUUUUGCUAUUGGUGGAAGUGCAAUUCUUAUCGUUGGCGCUGCUCUCAUCACAACUUGGACGGCGGAUGUCGAAAAGGGUAAAUGGAUCGGAUACCAAAUAAUCACCGGUACAGGUAUGGGAUUUGCACUGCAACAACCUGCCAUCGCAGUCCAAACCGUGCUAUCAGAAGCCGAUAGCACAGUUGGCCUAUCCGUUCUCAGUUUCCUCGGCUUUCUUUCGGGAACAGUAUUCAUUACCGUUGCUCAAACCUUGCUCCAAGGACAGCUCGACAGCAAGAUUUCACAAUACUUUCCCAAUAUCGAUAUUGAGCAGCUCAGCAACAGCGGAGCCGCAAGCAUCCGAAACUUGGUGUCGGAGGACAAGAUGGGUAUCGUGUUGGACGCGUAUAACGACUCGAUGAGGUCGAUCUGGUUUCUCGCUCUUGCGAUGGGCGCUGCGUCUUUGGUGGUGUCUUUUGGGUUUGAGUGGAAGACUGUGAAGAUGAAUAUGAAAAAGGAGGAGGUCAAGGAAGAAUCUUCUGGUUCGGUGUCAGUAUAG